AUGGGUGAUUUAUAUAUAAAUCCUACUAUAGUAGUAAAGAGAGAUCGCGAGACAAACGAAGAUGACAGGUGGAAAGACCAUCAGAUUAGGGUUGCAGUGAGACGUAGGUUCAGUGUGGGAAAGGCCCUGGGACAUCCCUGGCUACAGGACUUCCAGUUGUGGUGUGACUUGAGAGAGUUUGAGAAAAAGAUGGGCUGCUGGUAUCUGACCCACGAAGGAGACGAUGAGCGCUGGAGACACCAUGCCCAGGAGAGGGGCCUGGUCUUCCCCUCUCACCUCACAUGGACCCCUUGGCAGGACGACAGCCUGUGACCCUUGGCUGGAUGUUCAAGGCUUUGACAAGUUGGCUGUUGGACAUCUGGUGUGCCAGACCCAUCGUCAUAUAUAAUUUUUUUUUUUUUUAAACUUCUGAAAA